UCAUGAUAUGAUUCUCAAAAACUCAAGACUUUUCAACAAAAAAAAUAUUUAGUAUAAAUGUAGCGUUAUAAAAUUGUAUUUUUCGUAAAACUCUGAGAAAGCGUAUAAAAGACAUUUAUCCAAGUCACUCAGGGAUAUAUUUGACUGGCCACGUUAAGAUGGUUCGUAACAACAGCUGAUGAAAUUAAUGACAACUGUAGCUCUGCAAAGUUGUGUUCUCUUCCAUAAACCUCGAACAUGUUUACCAGUUUUAGGAGCGGGUUUAUAACCAGUGCGGGCUGAAAUAUGAGCAGGCUUAGCUUCAUAACCGGUUAGUUUUUAACCAUUUUGGCGCAGCUGCCGCUAAUUGCUUUAGCAGCUAGCAGAGAUUAGCAGCAUGGGUGAUGGCAGCGUUGUUCCGAGGCUCGGCAACAUGAAGGCUCUGCUGGGGAUUGUUGCUGGUGCUGGAGCUUCUUACGGACUGUACAAACUCAUCAGCGGGCAAGUUUUCAAGAAAAACAAAAAGAUACCCCAAAGCGAAAGUUCCGGUGUGAAGAGCAGCCAUCAGGGGGGGAUUAAGCCACGGCCGGGGAGCCUGCUAGCCAAAGUAUCCGGACUGGAUGUUGUCUGUGCCCGGCCAGAUGAUCCUGCAUCAGGCGACAUCAUCCAUCAAUCCCCCAACAAACUGGAGCUACAUCACUUGAAGAUGCUGCUGUCGCGUCUGCAGACCAGUGAUGAUCCAUCGGAUCGGUCCCAGGUUCUUAUCACAUUGGGAAAUGCUGCUGCCUUCACCAUAAAUCAGAACCAAAUUCGGGAAUUGGAAGGGAUUCCUGUCAUAGCUGGCUUCCUUUCUGACCCUGCUGCAGAAGUUAGAGUGCAAGCUCUGAAUGCUUUAAAUAAUCUUUGUAUGAAUAUCCAAAACCAGGAGCAAAUAAAGCUUUACGUGCCACAAGUGCUGGAACUGAUUGAAAUGUCAGCAGUGAACUCAGACCUUCAGCUGGGAGCUUUGCGGCUGCUGACGAACCUCUCAGUCACAGACAAGCAUCAGCAUUUGCUGAAGGAAUCUGUCACUCUUUUGUUGUCUCUGCUGGUUGUCAGCAAUGAAGGAUUACAGGUUCAGACCUCGAAAGUUCUUGUGAAUUUAUCAUCUAAUCCAGAUAUGAUCGAUGACAUAGUUCAAGCUCAGGCUCCAGCUUCCGUGCUGCUCCUGUUCGACAAACGGACGUCCCCCGCGGUGCUCCUGCGACUGCUAACGUUUGUAGGCAACCUGAAGGCCUGGAGGCCCUCUGCACAGGUGGCGGAUGAACUCAGACGCAAACAGGAUUGUCUUUUCCGGGUCAUGCUGGAUGAAUCCUCCGAGCUGCACGGCAAACUCGUCCAGCUGCUUUCACACCCCGAUGGGGAGAUUCAGGCCCAAGUAGCUCGUAUAUUGACCUAGACCGCCCUGCCGUCUAGCCCGCCACCCUUCAGUCUUUACACUGAUCCUCUGUGACGUUAAAGUUCUCGUGGAUGGCCUCGUGUGGAAACUCAGCAAUACUAUUUAUCUCCACAGUGGUCCUUUAGAUCAUUUCGAUUAUAUCUCAGUUUUACCUCAAACACUCCCGUUUUCUAGAAUCUUACAUUGCUAUGAAUAAAAGUGGACACCACUGUUCAUUCAGUAUGUAAAUACACACGUUUUAAAAAAAUGCCCACCUCUUGUUUUCAGAGCUGUUGAGUUUUUUUAUGAUAGGAAAUCUAUUUUACUUAAACAUCCACGGAGCACUUCUAAAAACGUAAAUUAUAUGUCUGUGAAGACGUGUUUCAGAGGAAAUAAAAAAAAAAAAAAAAUAAACCCAACUGCCAAAAGUUUCUUAAAUAUACAGUAUUUCCUCCGUGCUCACCCCUCUGUAGUUCAGAGGGGAACUCGGUCUCCACGGGUGUAACUACUAACUAAUGGAUGAUUUUUAAGAAACUAAUGUUGCUUUAUAAAGAUCUACGCCUUUUAUCAGGAAACCUAAAUAACAGAAGCCUCGCUCUGUUCGGUGGGCAGCAGCGAGUUGUAAGCGCCAGUACCGCUGAGUUAUUGCUCUGCAAAUGUGAAAGCGAGGAGCUCAGUGAAUCGUGAAGUCUUUAAAGUUCAGGCACUGCCUCAGCGCCGUAGAGCAGAGUUAUGUGUGAGUGCCUGGUAGACACAAACCUGGAUGAACUUUGAAUGACGACUGCCCGAGGAAAGGGCUUGUGAUAUUAAAUACUUGAGCAGACAUACGUACUCUAACAAAGCCCUCAGGAAGGAGCUAGAGGAGGGUGGCAGGUCUGCUAUAAAUGUGAUGCAACCCGUCACAAAAUUCAAGCAGAAAUGCAAAUGUUGGACUGAUGGAGAUGGCCAUGAUUGUCUGUUAGGCGUUUUAUACAUAACCCAGUUAUUUAUUUGCAGCAGUGACAAAUGUGAACUACAAGUCUUGUUCUCUAAAUCUAUGCACUACUGUGACAGGAAAUGAGGGAGCCCCCUUUUAUGUAGCUGUUGAAUGUUGACAAGAGGGAAGACCAGUGGAAGUGCUUAAAAAAUGUAUUUUGACAGGAUGGCACUACAUGCGAGACGUUAUUAGCAGUGGUGAGUGUAGAUGUACCGAUAUGCUGCACUUUGUUUUGUUUUUUUAAUAUAUAUAUAUAUUUGGACACCUGUUUUAUUGGACCCAAACUUCAAAAUCUCUCAGGUAACUAUGGUUUACCAAAACUAAACGGCAGGAUUGAUCAUGACCUAGUUUAUUAUAUUUAUUAACGAGUUAGUGUUUUUCCCCAAUUAGGAAAUGUUUUGUCUUUUAAAUUGUUCAAUAAAUAUGAAUGAAGCCACA